AGACAUUCACGGAGACCGAUCGUGAUCUCUCGCUCUCAAACCCUCCUCUCUUCACUCACAUAGACUUUCAUACGGGCACGAAAGGACUGUAAUUUUUUAAGUCCUGAUUGUUUUAAUCUGUAUAUUUGAGAAGCGUGUCGUCAUGCUCAUGUCUCUUGAUUUACAGCGUUUUACUGCCGUCUAACAAAAGUUGAAUGCUGCCGUUUUGAAUAGUCGUCAUCGCACUGCGCAUAUUUAUAAAUCCGUUUUCACAGGAGGACAUUUUAUUCGCAUCCAGUGUGAAAAACUGAAGGAAGGUCUUUGCACGACAGCAAACGGAGAGGAUUUGUGUAACGAGGCUUAAGUCGCGUGAAGCUCUUUCGCACCUGCCAACAAAAUGUCUGCACCUGAUGCCAGUGCGACCCCCGGAGCCCCAGGGGCCCCAGAGGGUGAGGGAGGCCCUGCCGGACCUCCCAACCUCACCAGCAAUCGCCGUCUUCAACAGACACAGGCCCAAGUAGAUGAGGUGGUGGACAUCAUGCGUGUGAAUGUGGACAAGGUUCUAGAAAGAGAUCAGAAGCUGUCAGAACUGGACGACCGGGCAGAUGCGCUGCAGGCCGGAGCAUCACAGUUUGAGAGCAGCGCUGCUAAACUGAAAAACAAAUAUUGGUGGAAGAACAUGAAGAUGAUGAUCAUAAUGGGUAUUAUUGGGGUCAUCAUGAUUGGUGUCGUUUUCAUGUACUUCUACUACUAAGCCUCUCUUGGGACACACAAGGACAGGAGACUCGUGCUUUGUGUGAACUCAACUCCACCCCUCCAUCUCUCUCCACCAAUACCUUUCAUUCGAUUCACAGUGUGUGUGUGUAUGCAGUCGUUGACGCAGUGCCUCUCCCUCCUAUUGUCCAUCACUGCUUUCCAUUGCAACUCUUGACUGCUUCGCACCAGUGCCCGAGCGUACUCAAGAAACUCUUUUGGUUUGGAAAAUCAGUGGUUUGGGAUUUGUCUCGGUCCUUAUCAAAACAAAAUGGGUGUGAUGCAAUAAUCUAGAUUUGGAGCACGGGUCCAAUUAAUCUAGUUUAAUACUAAACAGAUGGAAUAUUUUUCAAAUUUACGCAUUUAUGCACCGAUGCCAAAGCUUAUUUUUUUCCACAGUGGUCCUGCAAGAAUUUUCAUUUGAAGUAAAUUGAUAUUUCUCUCAUUGGUUGCAUACAAAAAUAAGCUUUCCCAUUUAGGUUUUAAGAAAACAACGUUAUUUAGGCUACUUGAUGGACCUUAAAACCUGUAGUACAGGCCAGUCAUUAUGUGUUAUAAAUAAGACAACGUGUACACAUGGUGAAUCCAAAGGUUAAGUGUAAAGGUUGCUACUUUGUAUGUAGUGACUGUUAUUAACAGACGUCAACCAAAAUAUCAGCAAAAUCACAAAGGAAAAAAAAGAAAGUGGUGCAAAAUGAAGAAAGCAUCUAAUAUUAAAAAUGCACUAAUGCUUUGGUAUUUUGUGACGCGUCUAUGUAAGACAUACAUUGUGGAUUUAUUUAAUAAUACAAUGACUCAUGUUAGCGACUAUUAUAGCAAGUUAUACUCAACGCAAAAACUAAACUACAUGAAAUUUGGUUUCAUGAACUUUGCAAUGACUGAAUAUGGACCGGAAAGACCCGUUUAAAUGUAUUUGUAAAUAUUUAGCGUGGGAGCAGGUACCCCAUCAGCACUGGAGUUAACAAAUGUUCAGGGAUGCACCACUGCAUGUGUUUGUGUUAAAUAUGCAUUAAAUGGGCACUUUAACAACCAUCAUCAUAGUGAUUGUAAGUUUGAUGACAUAUAUGGACAUAUUGUCCAGCACCUAAAGCAAGCAAAUUUGCUCUUUUUGAUGUGUUCCACCUGGAAUUGAAUGCAAGAUUAAUUCGAGUCGCAAAUCUAAUGAAGGGCGGUGAAUGUCAUUUUCCAGUUAGAUUCCUGAAUGCAUUCGGGAAUGUAGUGUUUUAUGCAAGCUAUUUGUAAAUAUGUGCUGCAGAAAUGCAUAAAAUAACAGCUGUCCCUGAGCAUUUUGAGCCGAGCUGCUAACUUCUGUGGUUUAUUAAAGCAUGUCUGCUUGCCCACCAUGUGCUAAUUCUAAUAAAGUGAUGAUGCUCCUA